AUGUAUGGAUAUUGUUUAAAAAUACUUCCUAAUUUGUCGUAUUCAUCUCAACAAAAGUGGCGUAUACAAUUGAAAGAAAUACUAUUUCAAUUCUUAAGUGUUACUUGCUUUAUUUUAAUAUUUGUAUUCAGUGCUACAACAUGCUGGACAAUGUGGCUUUAUUUACUUAUUAAAUUAAUGAAAUUAUCCUAUACAGUUGGAAAUGAAUUUAUUACAAAUGAGAAGAUACUUAUUCAUCCAUAUGAUGAAGUAUUCAAUAAUGAAAAAUUAUUCUAUUCAUUUGCACAAUUUCUAAUAUUGUUCAUACUGAUGACAUCAUAUUGGAUAUAUUGGCGAAUUGAUAAAGGCUCUGAAGAGAAAGGAAGUCAUCCAAAAAAGUUUAUUAGAAAUCUCAUUAUCUGGAAGUAUUUAGCUGAUUACUUUCCGAUAAAACUUGUUCUUACCGAAUUGUACAGCACUCAAGAAGAUAAACAUACUACAUCUGGAGUUCCUGAAGACAGCACUAUCGUCGAUCUUCAUGAUAACAGUCAAGAGAAUGAUAACGACCAUAAUGACAAUGAUAGACGAGAUAAUCAGACAAGCAUAACUGACUGUGACAGUCCUAUGAGUAGACAACAAUUGACAUGCAUAAAACAAUUGUUCCCUGCAACUAGAAACUAUCUAGUGGGCUAUCAUCCACAUGGAAUAUUCGGAAUAGGCUCUUUUGUCAACUUCUUAACUGAAGCUAAUCAAUUUAGUGAGAAAUUUCCAGGGAUUACACCUUGGUUAACAACGCUAGAGAUUAAUUUCAAGGCUCCAUUACAUCGUGAUAUACUCAUGUCGUUUAGUAAGUAUAUAAAUAGUCUUUUGAUAUCUUAUUCUCUUUAA